GACAUGAGUUUGUGAGUGUGUUAGCUGACGUGAGGACGUGAUUUUUCGUUCCAUAAAUCGACAGAACAGCAGUAAACCUCCAAACCCCCAUUUAUGACUAAUCUAAAAAUUACUUAAUAAUUAUUCCACCAACAUGGCAAACAUCGCCCAUCUUGUACGAAGACAAAGCUCACGUGAUUUGAAUCCUCAACGAUCAUUGGAUCGCUUGGAGCUACGAGAGAUGCGUGGACGAUUAGUUGUUGAAAAUGGUAACAAAGGAGGAUCGUAUGGUGCUACGAACGCUGCUUUCGUCGAAGACUUCAGUCCUAUUAAUAAGAUCAAAUCUACGUGUAGCAGUAAAAGAAAUUCAACAGACGGAAAAGCAAUUUUCAAACCGGAAUGUGCAGAAGAUGAACGAGAAUCUUGGGAUAGUAAACUCACAUUUUUAUUAGCCACUAUUGGCUACGCUGUCGGUUUGGGUAACGUUUGGAGAUUUCCAUAUUUAGCACAAAAAAAUGGUGGCGGUGCUUUUUUGAUACCAUAUUUCGUCAUGUUGGCUAUUGAAGGUAUACCGAUUUUCUAUUUGGAAUUAGCUAUUGGUCAAAGGCUCAGGAAAGGUGCCAUCGGUGUUUGGAAUCAAGUUUCCCCUUUUCUGGCAGGUAUUGGUAUCAGCAGCGCUGUGGUUUCUUUCAACGUUGCUCUCUACUACAACACUAUUAUUGCUUGGUGUCUUUUUUACUUCGUACAAAGUUUUCAAUCGGAAUUGCCGUGGUCGAAUUGUCCAAAUGCUUAUUUUCCAAACGGAUCUUAUACCGUAGAACCCGAAUGUGAAGUGAGCAGUCCAACUCAGUAUUUUUGGUAUAGAACAACUUUGAUGAUAUCAGAAGACGUGAAUACUCCACAGUCGUUCAAUUGGAAAAUAGCAAUCGCCUUAUUAGUAGCCUGGAUUUUGGUUUAUUUGUGCAUGAUAAAAGGAAUAGCUUCGUCUGGUAAAGUGGUUUACGUCACAGCUACUUUUCCCUACCUUGUUUUGAUUAUAUUUUUCUUCCGAGGGAUAACUCUGAAAGGUGCUGGAGAUGGUAUAAAACACUUGUUCACCCCGACUUGGCACACUAUACUAGAUCCAGUGGUAUGGCUAGAAGCCGGUACACAAAUUUUUUUCUCACUCGGACUUGCAUUUGGUGGCCUUAUAGCUUUUUCGUCGUACAAUCCUGUAAAUAAUAAUUGUUACAGAGAUGCAAUUAUGGUUUCUCUAACGAACUGUUUCACGUCGAUGUUUGCCGGAAUAGUCGUAUUUUCUAUUAUUGGAUUCAAAGCUACCAUGACAUUUGAAAGAUGUUUGGAUCACAGGAAUGUUACGUUAACACAACUCUUCGAAGGAUCGUAUGAUGGGAAUAAAUUACCUGAAGCAGGAUCUUUGAUAAAUGUUAGUUCGAAUGGGGAAGUUAUCAGGAAGAUUAUGCCGGAACUGCCUAUUUGUGAUCUUGAACAGGAAUUGGAUAAGUCUGCUUCGGGAACAGGUCUGGCAUUCAUAAUAUUCACCGAAGCAAUAAAUCAGUUUCCUGGUGCCCAAUUUUGGUCGGUUCUAUUUUUUUUAAUGCUCUUUACAUUGGGAAUCGAUUCCCAGUUUGGAACUUUAGAAGGUGUUGUCACAUCUGUAGUGGACAUGAAGUUGUUUCCCAAUUUACCGAAAGAAAUUCUCACCGGAACCUUGUGCACGAUAUGCUGCUUGAUAUCGAUGGCGUUUGCUCAUGGUGCUGGUAGCUACAUCUUUGUCCUUUUUGAUAGUUUCUGUGGUAACUAUCCGUUGCUCAUUAUUGCCUUUUUUGAGUGUAUAGGAGUAGCUUAUGUGUACGGAUUAAGAAGAUUUGCAGAUGAUAUUGAAAUGAUGACUGGUAACCGUCCCGGACUAUAUUGGUUGAUUUGUUGGAAAUAUUUGUCUCCGUUAGCUAUGCUAUCGAUAUUGGUAGCUAGUUUUAUAGAAAUUGCUGUUGAUGGUACUGGAUACGCCGCUUGGGUAGCUUCAAAAGGAGAAACCGAACGUCUACCGUGGCCUUUAUGGGCUAUAUUAUUAAUUACCGUAUUGGUUUUAGCUUCUGUUUUAUGGAUACCAGGAGUUGCAAUCGCGAGGCUGUUGGGAAUCGUUGUGAUAGAUGAUAACGAAAAGGCUUGGUUCCCUGCCAACGAUUUGAAAGACUUCCAUGGCAUAAUGCCACACGAAGUUACUGCCGCAGAAACUUUACUAUUUUGUAUACGAGCGGAUGGAUCAGAGGGACUUUGUUGUCCAACAAUACAUUCUUAUGAUGACGAAGAUGACGAAGAAACUUAGGACAAUAAAAAUAAAAUUAGACAAUAAUUUUUAAAUGUGGACACAGAGAUUGAUCAUGAACACGAUUUUUAUUAUUAUAAACUUUCUAGGAUAAUUUCUAGAUUGAAAAUAUUAUGAACGAUAAGGAGAGAUUGAAAUUCCAUUUAUUUUCGUAGGAAAAACUGAUUUGAGAAAUGUCUUUUAAUAUAAAAGCGGAUUUCUACUUACUUCCAACUGGAUUCGUUGUCAAAACCAAAAAUAAACAACUAGAACUCAUUUUCUGAGUUGUGCGUUUUGUUUUAAAAUGUUUUCAAUAGUUUUCACUAGAUGAACGUAAAGCUUAUUAAUCGAAAAAAAAAUAGUAAACUAAAACAAUGAUCAGUGUGCGAUCAGCACGUGAACAUCCCGGGAAAAAACGGCGCGGUAUUGUUAUUGGUCUAAAUUAGUUUAUAAUAAUAUAUAUAUAUAUAAUAUAUAAUAUAGUAUAUAAUAUACCACAAAUAAAAAGCCGAGUGGAUGGGGCGAAUGCCACAUCGCUGAAGAAACCGUUAGACAAGUUGACUUGCCGAAUUUUAAAAGAUCAACAUUUUAUAAUUAAUUAAAAAAAUAGUAUUCCAAUUUAAAAACGAGGAAGGAACUGUUUAUUGUUAGAAAAGAUCAAUGCGUGAUCAGCAGGUGAACAUACUGAGAAAAAUAUUUUUGAAAAAAUAAUUGUGUAUAAUUAUUUAUGAUUAAUAUUAUUAAUCUGCUGUAUGAAACCACAAAUUAUUUCUUAAUUGUGGAGUACGGUCCUUUACAUGCUUGGCUUUGGCCUUUUUAACCCUGAUCACGUACACUAUGCGUGAAUAUGUUUAGGUUUACUAUUUUUCUUCGAUAAACAGACUUCAUAUAUGAGUACUCAUAUAUGAACUCAGUAAAAUACAUAAAAUUAAAGUAAAAUCGAAUAUUUAAAUUACUACCUCAUUUUUAAUGUCGCUAACCGUUACCACAGAGAAAAAACUAUUUUCCAAAAAUCACAGCCCAAAGAAUGAAACCUCCUAAUCUUUCCUCUGGUCGAUUGGACAAUCGCCUGCGACAAGAAGUUUCCAAAAUGUUUCUUAUUUUCAAAAAUAUAAUGUCGAAAUCGUUUUUUUGUGGUUUUGUCGAUUUGGUGGAAAUCCGCCUUUAUUAGACUAUGUCAUUACAUCAAUUUUUAGCUACUUAAAUACAAAAUUUCAACCACUCUAAUGAAACUACACGAAAUAUUUUUUUCCUAUCUCGCCUGGAUACAGGGUGUUUCUAUAUUAGACCUACAACGCUCUACUACGGAUAGAUCUCAAUAAAUGAUUCAUUUUGAUAUAGUAAUACGAACCCUUACGGGAUCUAGUUGCUGAGAUAUAGGGUAUUCAAAAUUUUAAAUCGAAAAUAUGCCAUAAAUCAAGAACGCCUUUAAAAGUGGCGCGCUGUCAGGGUUAAUUUUUACUUUUUUCCCCCUAUUUUUUACGCCACUGGAGCAAAUUCUCUUUUCA